CAUUGGCUGUGGGGGGCGUUCACGUGCAAGAGGGUCUGGGAUGGGACCCAAAGUGGGAGAGGUGGGCGGAAAGUUAAAGGGCGCRGAGCGGCAGCAGGAGCCUGAGUCCGGGGUGACGCGCUGAAAGGAGGAGGCSAGCGGGGUGCUCUCGCGCGUGGAUUGAGGCAGCUGCCCGCCCAGGGCGCACACCUGAACGCCAGCCCCGGCUCCCACCGUCGCGGUCGCUGUGCGUGUCAUCCUCACKCGUUUGGUGUAGCGGGCUGGCGCUUUUGCCCUCAGGACUUAUGAGCUGUACCCGGUAUGUACCUCCUGAAGCCUCGAGUUCGAGGUGCAGUAACAAGAAACCCGUGGCGAGGGGCGCGCAGGGCAGCUCCCCUUUGUUUCUUGCCUCCCACACUUUAUCCAUCCGACUAGCAGCUACACACCGGUGGUGGAACGCACUAGAUGGGCUCSAGUAAGCUGUGGCUUCCACGUGGAGAUGGCAAACCAGGGACCAGAGCUGGGAUAGAGCGCGGCUGGACUCACGUGUACCCCCCAAACUCCGGAACUUUGGGACCCGGCCGCGAGGGGUGGCGAGGGACUGAGCUUGAGACAACAGAUACCUUUGUGCCCUGUUGUCCCGGUUUCGAAGGUGGCACAAGUUUCCAGCUUGGUACCUGAUACUUAUGGGGGACGUCUCCGCAGUUGGGCAGUGGGUUUUGGAGCACGAGUCGCCUGUCUUCCCCACCCCCCAAAUCUCUCGAUCUCUCUCCAUCUCUCUGCCUCAGUUUCUCAGUAAAAGAGCUGUGUAAGAAAGCAGCUUCCAGGCCCGAAGGUUAUAAAGUUGCAUUUACUUGUCCCAACUCCUUCCCAGUUUGGUUCAAAUCCCUUUGCUGCACAGGAGAAUGGAAACUCGGGCAACGCGAAGUAGAGUGACCCACAGUCCCGGGACUGGGGCCAUCCGGGUUGGUGGGGGCGAGACGGCCCGCGCGGGGGUGCUAGUGCCGCGCAGCUCCAGCCCCGGGUUACCCCGCAGCCCCGCCCCUAUCUGGUGGGAAACUUGGGCUCCUCCUCCUGGUCGUCUUCAUCUCCGGGAACCCAGCCCAGGCCCGGCCUCCCGGACAAACACCAAAAGCUCACGUAGUCGGUGGCAGCGGCCUCCCUGCCACCUCCCCCUAGUGUCUCCGAUGCGGCCAGCGAGUUGCCGAGGGGGCUUCUCCGCCGCCGGAAAGGGUUCUGACCUAUCCAUCUAGCCCCAUGAUGGCUGUGGACAUAGAGUACAGAUACAACUGCAUGGCCCCAUCCUUGCGCCGAGAGCGGUUCGCCUUCAAGAUCUCCCCCAAGCCCAGCAAGCCCCUGAGACCUUGCAUUCAGCUGGGCAGCCGGAACGAAGCCAGCGGGCUGGUGGCCCCUGCGGUGCAGGAGAAAAAGGUGAAAAAGCGGGUGUCCUUCGCAGACAACCAAGGACUGGCCCUCACAAUGGUCAAAGUGUUCUCGGAAUUUGAUGACCCGUUAGAUAUUCCCUUUAACAUCACCGAGCUCCUAGACAACAUUGUGAGUCUGACGACAGCAGAGAGCGAGAGCUUUGUUCUGGAUUUUUCACAGCCUUCUGCAGAUUACUUGGACUUUAGAAAUCGACUUCAGGCCAACCAUGUCUGCCUCGAGAACUGUGUGCUGAAGGACAAAGCCAUCGCGGGCACCGUGAAGGUGCAGAACCUGGCAUUCGAGAAGAUCGUGAAAAUCAGAAUGACAUUUGACACCUGGAAAAGCUUCACAGACUUUCCUUGUCGGUAUGUGAAGGACACUUACGCUGGUUCAGACAGGGACACGUUCUCCUUUGACAUUAGCUUACCGGAGAAAAUUCAGUCUUAUGAAAGAAUGGAGUUUGCUGUGUGCUACGAGUGCAAUGGCCAGGCGUACUGGGACAGCAACCGGGGCAAAAACUAUCGGAUCAUCCAGGCUGAGUUGAAAUCCACUCAGGGAACCGUGGAGCCACAUAAUGGACCGGAUUUUGGAAUCUCCUUAGACCAGUUUGGAAGCCCUCGGUGUUCCUACGGUCUGUUUCCCGAGUGGCCUAGUUACUUAGGAUAUGAAAAGCUAGGGCCCUACUAUUAGUGAGUGCAGUUCACAGGUGUGUGGCCCUGKUCACCAUGCAAUGGAGAAGCCAAGAGAAGAGCCGAAUGAACUGCUAUUUGGCCCAGUUUUCACAAAGAAUCCUGUCUAUUUUUUUUUUUUCUUAAACCAGCACAUUCAGCCAGGUUUAGAUCACAGAACUGGUUUCUCAUUCAGAGGGUUCGCUGGGUCCUCUGUGGCACCCAAGGUGGCCACUUGGGAAUGAGCAGGAUGCUGCCAGAAAGAGCCGGGUAGGAACCAAGCCUGUGGGCAGUGUGGCGAGGCCGGAGGAGCCUGACCUCUUCUCUACACCCAGAUGUGGGAAGCAGUCACCCCCAUCAGACCCUCUCCAUCCACGUCUGGGUUCUCUGCAUCCGCCAGGUCUUUUCUGCUGCUGCUGUUCAUAUCUACUCAGAAGCACCCCUUAUCUCUGUGCUGUGACACAACAGCCUGACAUCAUGUCACCCAUUUGUAAUAACAGCUACAGAAGAGAGAUGGGAUCUGCUCAUUUUUUGUGCAAAUUAUGUUUUGCAUUUCAUUUUUUUCCACCGUUCAUUCAGUGUUCAGGAAAAGAUAAUAAAGGCUUGUGACAGAGGCAGGAAUUUCCGCCUCCCAUCUUCCUGAACCUACAUCCAUAUUCCACAGAGAGCAACACACCAUUAUGGAAAGUCACUGGCUCCUGUGUGGGGUCGCAGAUUUCAGGGUUAUUACAAGGCAGGACAGUCAUGAGUUUUAGCUUUUCUUCUUGGCUUUUGGGGGAGCUUUCUAAGCACUUACUUUCACCCCGAGUCACCAGAAGGCUCAAUGACAAGAUUUGUUUUCACUUGCUUGGCUGCUUUGCAAGCCUCAUUCUUUACAGAAGAAUUGUAGAUCUCAUUUCCUGGAGAGUCAUCUUUUAUGCUGUGUUUGGGACACUUGAUUUGCAGAUCCAGCAUAUCCUCAAAGCCUUCAGAAAAUGUUUGGUUUUAUUUUGACUGUGAUAUACAAUAUCCAGGACACUUUACAAGCACCCGGGGACAUUGAUUUGGGUGUUCUUAUUUAUGGUGUGUGAAUAUGUAAAGGGAUAGGGGAGAAAAACCUCACUACAUUCUCAUAUGUUAUUUUAAAAUGUUUGCCAACUCUGAAAUAUCAGAGAUUAAUUAUUUUUAACCAUAUUGRACUACAGCAUGUUGGUUAAUGCUAUUGUGAGACUCCUGGGACAUUCACUGUCAGGUGGAUCCUCCAAACCUGUGAUUUUUCUUGGGUAGGAUUGGUUUUUAAAUUAGGAGUGUAUGAAAAAUAUUUUUUUCAUGUAUACUUGUAGAAAUCUGAAUUUUUUCUGGUUUUUGUUUGUUUUUGGAGUUGGGUUAAAAGACUGUUCAAUUCUUUUUUUUGCCUGAUUUUACGAAAGUGUGUGUCGUUGCCUGGAUUCAGGGGCACAGCUGCUGGACUUGCCAAGCAGAGUCUCUAGCUUGAAUUUUUCCAGAAUAAUUAGAAACGACCUCCUGAUUUGUGACUUUGUACAUUGAUAUCAGGCAGACAUUGAGUGCCUUCGCUCCUAGAGUUUUGUGGUUGGGUUUUUUGUUUUGUUUUUAGUUUUUCAUUUUUGAACUUUAAAAUGUUUUGACUUUUUAAAUGCUCAGUGAUAUUUGGUAUAAUCCUUGUUCCUAAAACUGGCUGUUACUAGUCUUCAAUCUAGUGCUUAGUUUUUUUUUUAUGCCUCUUCCAAGUGGGUUACAUUCUGAUUACAUGAUAAUAUAAUUUAUGAGGAAGUCACAUUUUUAUUUUAUGGCUGAUAUUGGGCAGGACUGUGUUUUAUCUAAAUAUACCAUACUACAUCAGGUMCUCAGAUGGUACUUGACAUGUUACAAAUUUGGUGGUCAGAGCUAUUAAUAGCAUAAGUCUAAGUCAAAUGGCAGCAAAACUGAUCUCAUGUAGGUCAUGAAUUUUGCUUUGUGUUAAUAAGUGUCACGUCCCAAUGUAGGAAGGGAACAAGGCACACUGUUAUUUACAGGUCACCAAAAUAAGGAUCAUUCCAUGUUCAGAAGAAAGGGGCCUCAACUGGU